AUGGGACAAGACUUUUACGAAAAUCAUGUUGCAGAACUUUUCAACCUAUUACAUUCGAUGGAAGCCGAUAUUGGGAGCUUAUUGUCAUUCAUCUUGCCGGAUUGGGUGCCUCACCCACCAGCGCGGCGACUAAAGCAGGCCCGGGACCGUUUCAAAGCAAUUUUCACAGAGCGACUCGAUGAAAGAACUAUAUCUAAAAGAGACGAAAGCCGACCUUUACAAGACUACGUCACGUUCACCAUGGAAGACAGCGCGACGGCGCCUCUGAGACACCUCAUGCCAAGUCACCACACUAUACUGAUGUUCGCUGCACACACCAGUACCGCCGCUAGUAUUUCAUGGAACAUAGUUCUGAUGCGACACCCAGUUAUCAUGAAAAAGGUAGUUGCCGAAUUACGCGCGAACCCCAAAGAUGAAGAAUCACUUCUCUUCCGAGCUUGCAUUAAGGAAACAACGAGAUACUACUGUGGAAUGAAGCUACUACGGCUAGCUCGCGAGAAUGUAUGCAUCCCCGAAUCUAACAUCAAUAUCCCAAAAGGAGCAGUCGUCUCCAUCAGUCCAUACCUUACACACCUCGACCCAAACAACUACUCUGAACCAGAAGUCUGGAAUCCCUAUAGAUGGAUAAGCGACGAAGGAGAUAUUAUUCAAAUGGAUAACAAAACAGGUGGUGUGAAAUUCCUCCCAUUCGGCGGUGGCAGCCACAGGUGUGUUGGGGAGAAAAUGGCCAUGAUAAUGGUGACCCGGGCAGUUGCCACCCUCUUGCGAGAGUAUGACUUUGAUUGGGAGAAUGAGGAGAUUGAGCAAAAGACUGACUUUUCCAAUCUCAACUUUGACAAGGUUGGCACACCAUGGCUGAGAGGUGGCGUACGGGUACGGAUGAAUAAAGCUAGUUGA